AUGACCGUUGCCCAGAAGACCUCUACCAAGCUCGACGUUCCCGGCCACGGUGCCGUCGAGGUCCCGACCGGACUCUUCAUUAACAACGAGUGGGUCCCGGCCAAGGACAACGCGACCUUUGAAGUCGUCAACCCCGCCACUGGCAAGAAGCUUGUCGACAUCUCGCACGCUUCUGACGAGGACGUCGACAACGCCGUCAAGGCCGCCCGCGAUGCCUUCGAGAACACCUGGGGCACGAACGUUGACGCCGGCGAGCGCAUCGCCCUGAUCAACAAGCUCGCCGACCUCCUCGAGCGCGACACCAAGAUCGUCGCCGCCCUCGAGUCCCUCGACUCCGGCAAGGGUGUCCGCAUGGCUGCCACCUCUGACGUCCCCGAGUCCAUUGGCUGCCUCCGCUACUACGCUGGUCUUGCCGACAAGGUCGCUGGCCAGACCAUCAACCACUUCGGCCCCGACAGGUUCGCCUACACCCUCCAGCAGCCCAUUGGUGUUUGUGGCCAGAUCAUCCCCUGGAACUACCCUCUUAUGAUGCUCGCCUGGAAGAUCGCCCCCGCUCUUGCCGCCGGCUGCACCAUCGUCAUGAAGCCCUCUGAGCUCACCCCCCUCACCGCCCUUUACAUCUGCAACCUCGCCAAGGAGGCUGGCUUCCCUCCCGGAGUCCUCAACAUGGUCCCUGGUCUCGGCAAGACGACCGGAAACGCCAUCUCGCACCACAUGGACAUUGACAAGAUCGCCUUCACCGGCUCCGUCCCUACUGGCCGCGCCAUCUCGGUCGCCGCCGCCGAGUCCAACCUCAAGAAGGUCACCCUUGAGCUUGGUGGCAAGUCGCCCGCGCUCAUCUUCGAGGGCUCGGACCUCCAGCAGGCCGCCAACUGGAUCUCGCUCGGCAUCUACUUCAACUCUGGCCAGGACUGCUGCGCCUCGUCUCGUGUCUAUGUCCAGGACUCUGUCCACGACGAGUUCGUCAAGCUCCUCGCUGCCAACGCCAAGGCCGCCGCCAUUGGCAAGCCUGAGGACGACGCCACCUCCUUCGGCCCGCUCAUCUCUGAGGGCCAGCGCGACAAGGUCCUCAAGUACGUCGACUCGGCCAAGCAGGAGGGCGCCAACAUCACCACCGGCGGCAAGACCUGGGGCAACGAGGGCUACUUUGUCGAGCCCACUGUCAUCACCGACAUUGGCCAGGACAUGAAGUGUGUCCGUGAGGAGAUCUUCGGCCCCGUGGUUGUCGUCGGCAAGUUCUCCGACGAGAAGGAGGCCAUCAAGCUCGCCAACGACACCACCUACGGUCUCGCCGGCGCCGUCUUCUCCAAGGACGCCAGCCAGGUCCAGCGCGUCGCCCAGGCCAUCAAGGCCGGCACCAUCUGGAUCAACAACUACGGCAUCCUCUCCUCCCGCGUCCCCUUCGGCGGAUUCAAGCAGAGCGGCAUCGGCCGUGAGCUCGGCACUGCGGGCAUCGACGCGUACAUGCAGACUAAGAGCAUCAUGCAGAAUCUGGGUGAGCAGCUCGAGUGGCCUCUUUAA